GGCAUCGGUCUCUCUCAGAGGAGCCGAGAAAGAAACUUUCCCCCAAACCCUGAACGGAUUUCUGUCACCGUGCGCUCAGAGGAAGCUGCUUGGAGCUUUUACAGGAGACCAGAGAAAAAAAAAGGAAAAAGGAGGAAAAGAAUUCCGGAGCUUUACGCACAGCCCAGACAAUUUCAGCGCGCAGACACAGGUGGAUGCUGGGAAACGGACCGGCACGGAGGAGAUGUUGCCCCUGCCUCAGUUUGGAGUGCUGUCGGCCUUGGCCACCGCGCUCACUUCGCUUCUCUCCGCGGUCCUGCUGCUGGCACUGACCCGGCAGCUGUGGAGCCUCCGCUGGAGUCUGACCCGGGACAAAGAGAGCCGCCUGCCGCUGCCGAGAGGCUCCAUGGGCUGGCCACUGGUCGGAGAGACUUUCCACUGGUUGUUCCAGGGUUCAAACUUCCACAUCUCCAGGCGAGAGCGUCACGGAAACGUGUUUAAGACACACCUCCUGGGGAAGCCGGUCAUCAGGGUGACGGGUGCAGAAAACAUCCGCAAGAUCCUGCUGGGGGAGCACAGCCUGGUGUGCACCCAGUGGCCUCAGAGCACACGCAUCAUCCUGGGACCCAACACCCUGGUCAACUCCAUCGGAGACCUCCACAAGAGGAAGCGAAAAAUUCUGGCCAAAGUGUUUAGCCGGAGUGCUCUGGAGUCCUACCUGCCCCGGCUUCAGGACGUCAUCAAAUCUGAAAUCGCCAAGUGGUGCUCAGAGCCGGGCGCCAUCGACGUGUACAGCGCAGCCAAGUCCCUGACGUUCCGCAUCGCGGUCAGGGUCCUGUUGGGUCUGAAGCUGGAGGAGGAACGGAUCGUUUACCUGGCGAAGAUCUUCGAGCAGCUGAUGAACAACCUCUUCUCUCUGCCAAUAGAUGCCCCGCUCAGUGGGUUACGCAAGGUGGGGGAGCUUAAAGACAUUAUGUGUAAUCUACAUGGAUAACGUGGCAUUAAAAGCCGAUUAAUGUCAUUCAUAGCAGUAUGUUCAGGUGACAUCCACCCAACCCAUCCACCUCCCUUCUUGCAGGAAACAGCAGUGGAGCUGAUCUUUGCUGCUCACUCCACCACAGCCAGCGCCUCCACAUCACUGGUUCUGCAGCUUCUUCGCCACCCAGCAGUGGUGGACAAGGCCAGAGUUGAACUGGAGGCGGAAGACCUCGGCUAUGAAUCGCACAACAGCUGCAUUCAAUCCGGUGUCACCAUGGAAACAGAGGAGGGCGCCACUGACGCAGAAACAACCUGCCUGCUAAACACAGAGUGUCGGAAUCAGAGAGACGAAGACGGUUUCCCGCGGUCGCAGUCUCACGUACCCUGCCUGAGCCUGGAGAAGCUCAGCCAGCUCCGCUACAUCGACUGUGUCGUCAAAGAGGUCCUCCGCUUCCUUCCGCCAGUCUCUGGCGGUUACCGAACAGCUCUGCAGACGUUUGAACUAGAUGGCUACCAGAUCCCAAAAGGUUGGAGUGUAAUGUACAGUAUCCGGGACACCCAUGAGACUGCAGCAGUCUUCCAGAGCCCGGAGCUGUUUGACCCGGAACGAUUCAGCCCAGAUCGGGACGAGUGCCGGUCGGCCCGGUUCAGCUACGUGCCGUUCGGUGGCGGAGUGCGGAGCUGCGUAGGGAAAGAACUGGCUCAGAUCAUCCUAAAGACUCUCGCCGUGGAGCUGAUCGGGACUUGCAAAUGGACCCUUGCUACAGAGAACUUCCCCAAGAUGCAAACAGUGCCAAUAGUGCACCCAGUAAACGGGCUGCACGUGCAUUUUUCCUACAACUACCAGCUUUAGAGAAAAAAACAGACAAAUAGACACUGAGAAACUCAACCAGGGAGGCAGUUUGACCUUUCCUGCUUCUGGGAACUCUCUAGGAAAAGAGAAAAUGACCUCGCCAGUCCUGAUGGUGCAGUUUAGGCCCCCUUUCAUCUGCAUGGACAUGGGUGGGUGGGGGGUUACUUCAUUUCUUCAGUGGUCUGACCCAAACCUAAGAAACUACUCUCUGUUGUAGCACAAGCACAUUUUAACCAUGUUACAUGUUUCCCAGCAUUUACUUACCUUUACACACAUUUUAAGUUAUUAAAAUAUGAAAAUUUGCAACAUUUUUCCUGCUAGUUUUCAAACAGGAGAUUAAGUUUUGCUGUCAUGAGUGGACCGCAUGUCACUAGCAAUAGUUUCUAUCCAGAGGACAAACAGUUAUUCAGGGACUCUUAAACCCUCCCUUCACACUACUUUAAUAAUCUUUUACCAGUAUAUUUUCUAUAUAUCCAGUUUCAGGGAUGUUUCUUUCCACUCAAAUCCAGUCAAACAAACACGUGGCGUCAUGAUUUUCUGCUGCCUGUCUUUCCUGUUGCACUCUGCCUGGGCAUCUUCGCCUUUCUGCACUCCUUCCUGGUAAAAUAAGCUUUUUACAUCAUCACUAUGGACAUAUCCAAGUGCUACGUACUGUAUAUCUGCUAGCUUAUAUUUAGAACUUUGCCUUUGUUCACUUCUUAGGACUUCAUGUUGCCUCUGAAGUGCCUCUGAGCAUGGCACUGGCUGCGAGGCAGCUCCACGUGGAGAAGCUUUGAAAUGUGACAGUUUGAUUAAGGCUGAAAUGUGAUUUUCUGUAAUAGAACCAUGUCUGAAUGCGCAUAAUGGACACUGGAGAGACCGGAUGUGUGAGGCUGAACCGACAACCAGGAACUACCCGAACAUAAAGUUAAUUUUAUACGAAUGUUAUCUAUCCUUAACAGUGCUAUUAUAUGUGUAUCAAAUGAAGUAGCAUUAUGAAUAAGCUGUAUUUAAAAUGCCGAUGUAUCAUAUCUGUUGUACUUUUACUUUAUCUGUAACAAUUUAUAGAUAGAGACACUAACUAGUAAAGCCCAUAACGCCUUUAUCACUGCUAGAACAUAGAAAUAUUUUAUUGUUUAGAGCGGCAUAUACUGAGAGUAAAGUUAUACUUUUUAUUAUUGUUUUUACUGGUCUAAUUCUAGGACUGUCUAAUAGAUGCGCUGUGAAAUCUGAGGUGUGGAUGGAUUUGUGGAAGGAGAUAGCACUUUCUUUGCUUUGAGGAGUCUGUGUAAAUUUGUCCUGUUUGUGCGUUCAUUGAGUGUAUCACAUGUAGCUGCUGUACAGUUGAUGUAAAGAGUAAAUUAGAAGAUGCUAAACUAAA